GUAAACAAACGUGAACAUUUUGUUUAAUCCGCGUGUUAAUUUCCUGUAAAAGUUGGAAAAUUGUUAAUAUUUUAGGUCUUACGUGCACCUGUCGUGCGUGAUAAGAGUAGCCGCAAGCCGUUGGCAACCACCGCCGUCGUGAUCGUUGGAAAAGUAGGCCGGGAAAGUGCCACCGACUUGGAACCGAAUCGCCGGAACCCACAGAACCCCAGAGAAUGUCUUCGACUAGAGUGAAAACUAGGGAAACCAAAUCGGGCGAAAUAAUCGCGUACAGCGAUGCCGCCAUCCGAAAUAACGCAUCCGCCGUGGAAUAUUGUCGAACCUCGAUGGCCGCACUUUCCGGCAGUACCGCAGGUGUCCUAGGCCUUACCGGUAUUCUGGGCUUCUUGUUCUACUUGCUGGCCGUGCUGUGCCUUUGGCAAAUGCUGCUCCUGAAGUCGGGCUCAAACUGGCAAAAGUAUUUCAUCAGCCGCAAAAGUCUCCUCACACACGGGUUUCUGAGCGGAUUGUGCACCUACGUGCUAUUCUGGACGUUCCUUUACGGUAUGGUGCACGUGUAUUGAGAUGCAGCAAAGCGGUAUGACCGGGUGGGGCGACUAAUUGUGGGCCAGGGCUUUGCUGUAUAAGUUAUUUUUUUCCAAAUACAUCAUACCAACAUUUAGCUACCAAACCAA